GCGGGUCGCCGGCUCUUCAGGGUCCGAGCUUCGUUCGAAACGAAGCGCCUUCGCAGCGCUCGCCACUCUUCCUCUAUCUAUGGGGUCGCGGAGGUGUGUUUCUCGAAAUAAUCGUUCGGGUUCUUCACUCGUGGCCUUGAUACCGCGUUCUUUCUUCCUCCUCAACAUCCUGUCGCACUCGGGCGACCGUCGGUGCCGGUGAAUCGUGACGUAACGGUGGUGUGGAUGCUGCUGUGCUUGACACGGUGGUUGGUGAAGCUCCAGCUGCCGGAAGCGCUUCUGGGUACCUGUUUUCUUCUUUUCGAAAUUCCUCCGCUGUCCUCCUGAAUGGAAUAGGAUCAUGGCGUCGUACAGGAGCUACGGUGAUACAGGAGCAUAUCGAAGUAGAACCGGAGUCGGUAUUGCCAGCACAUUCGGUAGAAAUGUUUCCGGUGGAAGUAACCUGCCAAGCUGUAGAAGCAGUUAUUCCGGAGUCGGAUCGAGUUCUGCUCGAACCGUUGCCAAGGAACGGGCGCUUGCUGGUUUUGGAGGCACUUUUCUUAAAAAGGAUAAGUUCGAGGAGAAACCAGCAUUUAAAUAUUCAUGUACUAAAGACACCGAUAAAAGUCGAUUGCAUUCCGGAAGAUCGUCGUCCGAGGACGUGAGGGCGAAAAGUCCGCUAUCUGAUAGUAGGUCGUCUCUCCUUGAGAAGUACUCGUUCUCAGCUGGCAAAACAUCGGAGAGGCCGUCUUCCGUGUUGGACAGAUAUAACCGACCGGCUUCGCGGGAAAAGAGCAGAGAGCCCGAAGGAAUAUCGAGGUACGGAUCCAGCACAUAUCCCGGAUCGAGUUUCGGCCGAAGUUACGGCAACGAUGCUAGAAUCGAAAAGAAGGACCACCCGCCGGUCUCCUAUAGAGGAUUACGUCCCAAUUCCGGAAAAACAUCGCGCGAGCCCAGCCCGGAAGUCAGUGUCGGAAAAACGAACUCCUUCAGAGUUUAUUCACGAGCGCCGUCUUACAGUCGUUCAGCUGCUUCGCCUAAUACAUCCGACUCGAGCUCGGCUACAAUCUCGACGAGAUUUGGCUCGACAGCUGGCUCGCGAUUUCUUUCACCGCGAAGUGGCAAUGAACGAAUGUCCACAACUAUGAGCUACUCCACGGGAGGAAGGUUUCGAAAUUUGAAUAGUAAAUCAACUAAUCAAAAAGAAGAACAAGGAUCAAGAUUUACUGCAAAGUCUAACAAAGAUGAUCACCAGGAAUUAUCAACGACUGCAAAUCGAAUAGAAGAGAAUGAGACCAACAAUAAACUUCCUGAUAAGGAAUUUGUGACGUUAACGGUAGUGACAAGAGGUACUUCACCGACACCACCAGCUUCCUCGUCCUAUGUCAGAAACAGACGAGCGGAGAUUAAUGUUGUUCAUCAGAAAGAAGUGAUUAAACUUCGAAAACUGCCGGAUACUGCUGAUGAAGAAAUACAGUGUGAUCAAACGGACGAAACGUCAAGAUUCUCGAGGUACAGCAGCAACAAUAAAAUAUCCGGUGUACCCUGGUCGACGUACCUGGAUAAAUACUCGGGUACAUCAUUAACUGGUAGUCCAUCCAUUUAUUCGUCCAGGGGAUUUAAUUCGAGCUCCUCUAGUGGUAGACUUAACAACUUUGCGUAUGCAAGAACGAAUGAAACACCGGCAACUACGAGAAAUGAAUCCUCUGCCAAAGAACCGUCGAGUUCCAGUCAAGAAAUUCAUAAUUCUGACAAAAGUCAAAAUGAGAAACGUCUCGGUGAUUUAAAUUGCACAACAAAUAAUGAGACUUUAACAGUGUCUAAUGACUUAAAGACAUCAUUGAAUGAUCAAAAUACUCACAAUAUAAAUAAAGAAGACAGAAUUAACGAACGGUGUUGCUGUGGUGCACAAAAGACUGAAACGAACGAAAGCUCCAACAAUUUAAGAAAUUCCAAUCAGAAUCUCGCAUUUUACCGCAGAAAAGAUUCAAUGGCGCAGGAUACACAGAAUGCAUCGAGAUGUAACGAAUACAAAAAACCCAUUUCACGAUUGGAAUGCACUUCGCCGAAGAAUGAAGUAAAGAUUUCUAAAUGUUCUUCAAAGACUGAAAUGACAUCAAAACUCGACGCUUACAAUGAAAGAAGAGGAUCCACUCCCAAAUCUGAUGCCAGCUCCUCUUCCAGAAUCGAAGAGUCUCUUCGAAUUGUCGAAGGGCAUUGUCAAGAGCAAAAUGAAGAAGUUAUUUCCCAAAAACGCGAUGCUUCACAAAGAAAAGAUUCGACAUCGAGCGGUUCUUCGCAAAGUCGUUUGGCAUCGACUUCACAAACUCGGAACGUAUCGACGAAGAACAUGCCCCGUCAAAUGACGCGAACAGCCUCGUCAGACGGAUCUUCUGUAAGCAUGCCAAUUGGCAGAUCGAAAUCAUCGUCAGCUAGUUCGGUGACGAGUCAGGGUAUAAAAAUAAAAACGGCAACGCCGCCAUCGUCCGGAAAAUCAUCCACCGGUUCGAUCCUGCCGUCAGUGAACCUACGACAAGGCGGUUCGCCGGACGCGCGCGGCAAACCACCUGUGCCGAAGAAUGAUACUACGACCGCCGCCACGCCGAAGUGCACCGUGGCAGCGAAGUACGUGAACAAGGACUUCCGCAAGUCGACCUUGAACAUGGAGAACGGCGACCUGUCGUGCUCCAAGUACGCGAGAAUAAAGAAAAGUCAGAGAAACAUCUCCGUUAGCUCUCAAGAUUCCGAAAUGACCUCGGACCACGUUCCCCAGGCAGCCUCUUCGGGAUCCUUGAUCUCAACGAAGUCCGGUCGAUCGAGGUUCAGGAUUCCGUCGGGAGAAUCGAAGCCAGUACUUGGGAGAAAUGGCUCGAAUGGCUCGACGAAAUGGGAAGAAUCGAAAAGCGGCUCAAAGUCACCUUGCGGAACGAAAAAGAGGCCAUCUGGGACAUUUAGUUCCAGCAAUAGUAGUCAGUCGACCUCUGCGAAUUCCUCCAGCAGCGAGGAUGAUGACAAUCGUACGGACAAGACGGAUUCGAGACGGAGAAGGAAAAGAACGAUGGAAGAAUCGCCUGCGCGUGAGGUGAGAGGUAAAAUCAGUGCGGGAUCGUCGAGAACAAGUGUGCUGGCGUCCUCAGCUGAUGACAUGUCAAUGAUGGCGGAGAAACCACCCAGGCCACCUUCUAGUCCAAGAUCUAAGAGUGAUCGUUCCGCGAAGACGGAAGAGGCCAAGUCCUUCCUAAUGAGAGCGUUAGCCCCAGUGACAAAUUUUUUUAAGAACAAAAAUCAAGAUUCCGAUGAUACAAAUAAAUCAGACGGAUGGAUUGAUUCCUUUGAGGAAAAUCACGAAGCUAAAAACAAAUCAGAGCAGCUGUCAUCUUCGAGAUCAGCCAGUCAAAAUCUAUUGAAAGAUCCUAGCUUCACUAAUUCUCAGAAGAGCGACGGAAUAAAAGGAAAUAAUGUGAGGAUUCAACAUCAGUCUUCUGGCGAAAAACCAUGGUGGUUGGAUCCAAAUUCCGAGAACGUUCCCGAGGGAGUUCAUAGGGCUAGUCCAUGGAAUAAUGAUAUCAGUCAGGACACAACUGUUAGCGCGGCCUUGCCGGAUGACGGAAAGUACAAACUCAAAAUUUGGCGACAAGGAUCAGAAGAACAUGCCUGGUGGUUGGACGAGAUUGUAACGGAGGAAACGAAAAAAUCACCCUCGCCGGUGUCUUCUAUUUCGAGACGGGGGUCCAGUCGAGGUAGUUUUCGAUCAGCUGAUCGACGAAAUCGCAUCAGGCAUCAGCAAUCUGGCGAACGAGCGUGGUGGAUGAGCGACGAUCCUGAGAACGUUCCAGAGGGCAUCGAGGUCAUCCCAGUGGCGUCUGCCGAUAGUCAAAGUACUGACAAACCUGUCGAUAAUGAGAGCCUUUACUCUUCCAAGCCGCUUAAGAAAAUCCGACAUAUCGAAUCUGGGGAGAAGGCAUGGUGGAUGGACAGCACCUCCAACGUUCCUGACGGGAUUGUCAGGAUUCCCGUGGAAAUUCCCAACAGCACUUCCGACUCCUCUGAGUCAUACGAGAAGAUCGAUAUCGGCAUUAACCCUGAAUCUCAGACGUGUGUCAAGAGAAGCCUCUCCAGAUUUCCUAUCGAAUUUCCGCCACCGCCAUCCGAGCCGUUGGGAGAUCGUGCAAGUCCAGAAGGGAUCGAGAAUCCACCUGAUCCGCCGGACAAUUAUGGGGGACGAAAAUCUCCUUAUGACAAUGUGCAACCGACACGUCGAAGAUUGCCACCGCGAAAACGACCCUCUACGUUACCAUUAUUUAUUGGCGAUCAUACUGACAUCGAUGACGUGAUCGGUGAUACAGCUAUCCAGUGCCACAGUCCUGUUCUCUCCCGUGUUCGUAAACAGGAACGCGUCAAAGAGGACUUUUCUGAAAACAGUUCGGAAUGUGAAGAGAUAGCUGCAACCCAGGUGAUUAUUCACGAUAGCACGCCAAAAACACCAGUAAUUCAACGAAGAAAUCGAGAUGAUAAGAGAAUUCAACCCGAUGGCUACAUUCCGCUCGAUGACACGGCGCUCCAGUUGUACAAGGGCGGCGAUUAUGGCGCUUACCUGGACCUCGAGGCCUCCAUCAACGAGCAACAGGAGGAGUUUGAGGGUUUUCACGAAGGUGAAAGCCGGAAGAACGCGAUCAUUCUCAGGACCCAGCUGUCCGUGAGGGUUCACACCAUCAUAGAAAAAUUGCUGAACAGCGAGGGCCGCGAGCUGCGACGGGCUCUCUUCUCCCUCAAGCAGAUUUUUCAGGAGGACAAGGAUCUGGUACACGAGUUUGUGCAAAAUGACGGACUCGCCUGCCUGAUCAAAGUCAGCAGCGAAGCCGACCAGAAUUACCAAAAUUACAUUUUACGAGCACUCGGCCAGGUGAUGCUGUACGUCGACGGCAUGAACGGGGUGAUGGAACAUGGGCAGACGGUGGAAUGGUUGUAUACGUUAAUUGCUAGUCGUUUUCGGCUGGUGGUGAAGACGGCGCUGAAACUACUGCUCGUGUUUGUGGAAUACGUGGAAACAAACAGUCUGCUAUUGGUCAGGGCUGUAAGAGCGGUCGAUCAGGCCAGGGGCGUGGUACCGUGGAUUAACGUGAUGAAACUCCUCAAGGAUUAUGAUGCCGCCGACACGGAGUUGCUUAUAUACGCAACAACUUUGAUCAACAAGUGCUUAAACGGCAUCCCCGAUCAAGACACAUACUACGAUCAGGUGGACUGCCUGGAGGAGCAGGGUAUGGAGGGCGUUAUCCAGAGGUACAUGUCGAAACAGGGCACAGACCUCGACCUGCUCAGACAGUUUCAGAUUUACGAAGCGGUGCUGCAUCACGAGGACGGCGACAGGGGGUCGCCUAUACGUCAAUUGGACGACAAUAUAAGAAAAACUUUGCGAAAUCGGAAGUCUCUAGUGGAUUCUCACGAAAGGCGAAAGUCUCGGAGGCAUUCAACGGGUAACUCGCCCCUAUCAAUGUCUCUGAAUGCACGGCUGAGUCCACGGCUAAAUCAUUCUCUGGGUGUGAGCACGUUGAACAACACCUUGAACUCGAACCUACCAGAUGAUGACGACGAAUCAAGUAGUUCUCAAAGUUCCCAUGGUCAUCUGGGUGAAGUUCAGCUCAACGGCAGUUACAAAGAGAAUAAAGUGGAUGUUGGUGUUACACCAGCGCUAAGACGACGAAGAGAACGUGCGGAGAGACAGAGGAGCUUCAUUAGAGAGCAACAAGAGGCUACUGCAAACAUGAGAGCUUCGCUUGGUCAUACUGAUGAUCAGGAAAGUCAGUUCGCAACAAACAGUCUCCGAUACACGAACGGUACCUCUUAUGAGAGGAACGCUGAUUCUCCUUCGAACAAGUUGUCCAGAACGAACAGCAGAAAAGACUUGACGCCCUUGAUGAAUGCCGCGAACAAGCUCGACUCGGAGGAGAAGAAGCCAUGGUACGGCAAAAGUCCCAACGAAGGUGUCGAGUACAACGAGAGUAAUCACACCGACGAAGACGAGGAUCGUCGAGUGGUUCUACAGCUUAAGAGGGAAGGAACUGUCAAGGAUCUCACUCAGAAGUUGGCAGCGCAGAAUCUUAUACCUAGCAGCCCUGUGGAGGAGAAAGUUUCCAGGAUAGGAGAUAUGAGCGGCUUGAUCUCGAAGGCAAAGGAGGGUCUAGCGAAGUCGAAGUCAAAGGCGGACGUACUGAAGUCGCCAACCGGCGAUAAUUUGCCCAAGCUGCAGGAAACGAAGAAAUCGGAGAACGAGCUGCACUGGGAGGAACUGGUGAAGAAACUGAAGAGACCAUUGGCGCUUUGCGACUUGGAUUUCACCGAUCUGAAUUCCGAGGACGAGACCGACGUGCUGGGAUCUGCUAACGUGACGAAUGGAGUGCCACCACCGCCACCGCCGAUGGCACCUCCGAAUGGAGACGCCUUGGCACCUCCGCCGCCGCCGCUGGGCGCGAGAUUGCCGCCGCCCCUUCCUCAGGGUCCACCGCUGCCGUUCGGUAUCAGCUUGAAGAUGUCGAGGCCGCUGCCGCUGGCUAACGAGACCAGCAACACGCCAAAGAGCCCGCCGUCGUUGCUCGCGAAGAAGAGCAAGAAGACAGUGAAGCUGUUUUGGAAGGAAGUGCGAGACGAUCCCAACAUUCUCGCACGGCUCGACAAACACAAGAUGAUCUGGGACGAAUUGACACCCGUGGCCGUCGAUACACAGAAGCUCGAGCACCUUUUCGAGAGUCGCGCUAAGGAUCUCAUCACCAAGAAGCAGCAGGAGAUGAACAAGAACAAGGAGAUUAUCGUGCUAAAUCAUAAAAGAUCGAACGCUAUCAACAUUGGCAUGACGAAACUGCCGCCGCCAAGAUCCAUCAAGACCGCGAUUUUAAAAAUGGAUGCUACUAUCAUGAAUAGAGAGGGUAUUGAGAAACUUCUGACGAUGCUACCUACUAAAGAAGAAAAGUCCAGGAUACAAGAGGCGCAGGCCGCCAAUCCUGACCUUCCUUUAGGAUCAGCCGAACAGUUCCUCCUGACUUUGACCUCCAUCUCGGAACUGCCAGCAAGGCUGAAGCUGUGGGCGUUCAAGCUAGACUUCGAAAACUCCGAAAAAGAAAUCGCGGAUCCUUUGAUGGAUUUGAAACAGGGUAUGGAGACCUUGCGAGUGAAUAAAACGUUCCGUGGGAUUCUGAGCACGCUCCUUUCGAUCGGGAUAUUCCUCAACGGAAAUGAGGUGAAGGGCUUUCAACUAGAAUACCUCGUCAAAGUACCUGAAGUGAAGGAUACGGUUCACAAGCACUCGCUGCUUCAUCAUCUUUGUCACAUGGUGAUGGAGAAGUUUCCGGAUUCUACGGACCUCUAUUCCGAGAUUGGUGCGGUAACGAGAGCCUCGAAAAUCGAUUUCGACGAGCUGGCGGCGAACAUCGCGAAACUCGAGAGCGAGUGCAAAGCGUCUUGGGACCAUCUCAAGCUCAUCGCGAAGCACGAUGGUUCUACGAUGAUGAAGGUCAAGAUGUCUGAUUUCCUUGCCGAUUGCGCCGAAAGGAUAAUCGUCUUAGGCAUCGUUCACCGACGUAUCAUAAACCGUUUCCGCAAAUUCAUUCUGUGGCUCGGUAUACCACUGCAUAGGAUACAGGACACAAAGCCAAACGAGUUUUGCAGGAUUGUGUCCGAAUUUGCUCUGGAGUACAGAACCACCAGGGAACGAGUGAUACAGCAGCUCGAGAAGAAAGCCAAUCAUCGUGAGCGCAAUAAGACCAGAGGGAAGAUGAUAACAGAGGUCGGCAAGUUUCGUACAAAGGAGGAUCGAGCGGACGCGGAACUCAGACAACUACUUGGCAGUGACAUUUCAGACGUCGAGAGUAUCCACGGGACUUUACCAUGGAGAAGACAGAAGAAAGACGGACGUAUAAUUCCACUGGGCCCGGUACUCAGGGACGAAAGCACCAACGGUAACUUGGCUGAUGGCGUUGACGAACUAUUGGAAUCUCUGGUGAAAACCGCGACGAAAACACCGGCCACCAGGACCACGCCGCGCGAACGCAAGAGGACCAGACACGCCGAUCUGAAGCGAUCGCGCACCCGGGAGAACAACACCACGCCGGAGGGGUAUCAACCCUGAUGAGCCAGGGUUUUUCGUGAUUUCUGCGAUCUUAAGUGCGUAGAACGCUGAAGAACGGUCUCUCGGAAGAGGAGAAGAAGCACAUCGCCGCCUACAUCAAGGGCUACUGACUGUGAUAAUACUCGAAGGCCACGACACGCUCUCACGAAACGGGACGAGGAAAGAGCUACGGGAGGUCGAUAUUGUGAAGGGGCGGUUCCGGUGGAAGCUCGGCGAAAAAACAUUGCGAUCUCUCCGUCGUAUAGAUCUUCUGACUAUAGGAUCCCUGUCCUCCCCUGUUCACCGGAACGCUCCGAAAGAUCGGACGGCAUCGGACGAUCGGACUCUGCGACACGUCGCCGUCGCCGCGACGUUCGCCGAGUUCGAUAUUCGCGUGACGCGCCCCAUGUGCACUCCAUGCGGUGCACCUGUCGUUCGACUUGCUAAGACGGAAUGAUAAGACGGUAUGAGCAACACAAAAAGGAAAGGAGGAAAAAAAUAUAUACUGUAGCUUUGUCGCGAAUUAGACAAGUAUUAAUCGGUGAUUUAGGCUUAAGCGAAAUGAUCGAGCGAACGGGGUGCCUCUCUUACGCACGUCGUUCGCGCACGCGAGAAAGAACAUCUCGCAUUAUCUGCGUAUUAGGAACUAUUAUAUAGGAAUUUCCUUAUAGAGAGAUUUUUUUUUUGUUAUGUAGACCCCCUUCUGUGUAAACAUUUUUUUUUCUGUUUUACAAAAUUUUCCCAAGUUCCGUGUAGGAAUUUCUGAAAGUCUCGAGACGCCGCGCGACUACGUAGGAUUUUGUUUCUUUCGUCUCUUUGAAAGGUGUUUACGUAUAUUAUAUAUAUUUACAUUUUACGUAUCGUAACUCGGUACUUCUCGGAAGAUUCUUCACUCGAAUCACGGACGACAGGGUCGACUUGACAAUCAUAUGUCAACAGCAUGUGCCUCGACGAAUUUUUAUAACCGAUCGAUUUUUUAAGACCGACUACUUUGAGUAAUCAAAUGCCUUUGCUCGCGUCGAUCUUAUUUACAACGAAAAAAAACUAGCCAUUUUGCAUACGAAGUAAAUAUAUCCUAGAACGAUUCCUGUCGAAUAACAAACAUACCGAUAUAUACCGGACGACAUAAAUCUGCCUAGCAACUUAAUUAUUUUAAUCAUCAUUUUAUUAUUGCGUUUCGUAGAAAACGCAUAAUCGCAAUCAUUGUAUCUUUCUGUGGAAUUCUUUAAAUAAAAGAAGCAAUUAUAAAAAUAA